CCUCACCACCUGGAAGUGGGAGCAUGGAGGGGAAUUUCGCUACUGAAAAGAGAAGGACGCUGAACACCUUGAAGCAAUGUGUCAGAAAUAUCCCUAGAGCGAAACAGCCACCCGAGGACAUUGACGAUACAGGGGAGCGUUGUCUCAACGGGCCAGCCUGGGUUCCGCUGGGGCUGCUGCGGGAUUCAAGCAAGGGCAUCUCUGUCCUGGAGUCCAAAGUUAAAGCUCUGAAAGAGAAGAGGAGCGCCACCCACAGGCAGGCGGAGGCAGCACCCCAGGAGCGGGCUUCUCCCAAAAAGGCCAAGGCCCGGAAAGGGAAGCCGCUGACGGAGCCUGCUCCUCAGGAUGCUGUGGUGGAACCUCAGGCCCAGAUCCGUACCUACCUGACAGAUGUGCUGCUGGACAGCACCGACUACCCACGCCUCAAGCAGGAGGGAUCUCAAGGGGCAGUACAUACAAGCCUGCUUGUCGACGAAUUUGAACCUCUGAAGGGGCCUAAGGCGGCAGAAGAGCCUGCAAGCAUGGGCUGGAGCUCACCCGAGGCAUUCCAGAGGCUUCCUGGAAGCGACAGGACGGAUAAAAGGGGCUCGUCAGGAAACGCAAAAAGGGCAUCCCAAAAUGGCCUCUGUGGGGCCAGCUCCUUAAAGGACCUUUCCUUCAGCCAGAAGUAUUUUGAGGAUGCAAACGGCAGAGAAGAGCACCUCGUUCAUGGUAUGGGUUUUGAAAGCGGUCCUUCUCUCCACAAAGAUGACGCCUGCGGGGCGGGAACAACCGGCCGCCUUUGGCGAACCGAGAGCUGGGACAGUCUCUGCAGCGGCGGAAGCAAUGCCAGCACCCUGUCCCUGGCGGAGAGAGUGGAGAGGAACCGGUCGAUGCUGCAGGAAAUGUUGAGCGCGGCGCAGUUUAAUAGCCAUUCUUUGCGGGAGCUGCAUACUCUGCGCCGUCACAAGAAGGAUGGCCCAGGCCUUGGGAGAGACGGGCCCAGUUUCGAGAUUCUGGCAAAUGAUGUAGACUGGGAUUCUGGAGUUUCGUUACAGGAUUCUGAAGGCUACCGGGCCUUUGUUCCCAACCAGGAGCUGGAGCUGAGUCCCAGGCAUGAGCAGGCCAAGCAACUGCUGCAGAGAGCUCGCAUGAAGGCCAGGACGAACCCGCUCCGAGCAAGCCAUAACAUCCUGCCUACUGCCCCUCAGGAAAGGAGGGAUGGCUGCGGGAUCUCUGCUGCGGACGCAAAGAACUUUGCUCUGAAGGAUGGGGACCCCCACGCCGGCGGCAACUUGAGCGACUCGUCCAGCGGGGAAUCCAGCAGCGAGCAGCAAAGGAAGCGAGGGCCGUCCCCAUCCCGAGUGCGUUUCGAGGAUGAGUCUGCGCGAGAUGCCGAAGUCCGCUACUUGGAGCGCCUGCAGCUGCGUCAGAAGCGGGUUUUGGAUUCCGUCCUCCUGUCUCUGGGCCGCGGGCCGCUGGUCUCCAAACCGGAUCUUUCGGAUUACAUCAACGGUGAGCUUCACCGCAAAGAGAGCGGCGGCGGCGGCAGCAAACCCGGCUGGGAACAGCAAGGCGGCAGGGGGCGCUCUGAGAAGAGGAAGCCUCUGGUGGUCAACGAGGAAGGCAAGUGCAGCGCGUGCGGGUCUUACGUCAGGAAUCUGGCAGCCAGUCAGAACCCAGACACUGGUGCAAAGCAGACUGCGAAGAGUGUGCAUCAGUCUUGCAACAUCCCCCGAGAGGGCAAGGAGCUAGUUCGGGCCAAUGAAAGCAAAGAGCUGAAUGCUACCCAGGAGGACUCGCGAACCAGGGCCUUGGGUCCCAAAGGAACUCCGCUGUGGAUCCUUCCUUCCCGUCAGCGUGUUUACACAGAGCGCAUCAGGGAGACGUACAUAGGGGAAGUGACUUGCAUAGAUGAGGUGGAUUCUGCUCUGGACAGCACCACGGAUACAUCCGACAGCUACAGGACGGACAGCGAGGAGGCUGGUGCCAGCGGCCAACGGCCAGUGGUCAAAAGUUCCCGGCACAGUGGGCCUGGUCCGGAUCCCGGGCCGUUUUCCCCUUCAGAGGGUGAAGCCAAGAACAGGAAGGCCAAUGGGGAGAGGCCCAGAGCAGAUGGCAGCUGCCAUGCUAGUGGAGGGGAAAUUGUGCCUCGCAGAGGGGAAACAGCAUCGAGUGCUAAUCAAGCCAAUGACUGUUCCUUGAAGGGGGCCUCUGAGGUCAGAGAUCAGGUGACCAAAAUGGCAGCCAGUAAGGCAGAAGCCUUUCCCAGAAGCAGCCAACCUGUAGAUCUGUAUCAGCUGGUGAAGAAAGGCAGGUCGCAGGAACAUCCAAAGCUGUCCAAGGCCCCAUUAAAGCAAUCCACACCCUCCUCCCACCCUCAGCAGUUGCCUUCCCAUCUGGUCCCUGAUGGUGUCGCAGACUCCGUGAACAAGAAGCCGGUGGAAACUUCCAACCGAACUCGUAGGCCAACGAACAAUGUAAGUCAAACCAAGCAAGAGCAGGGCCCUUCCCAGCAGCUAACUGAAGAGAUGAGUGCCGGCUACAACUUUGCUUACCGAGUUCCUGCGCCGCCCACCACUGGAAAAGCCCAUCCUUCCCCUAUGCCUUACAGGAGGGCUGCUCUGAGCGGCAGCCACAAGCUCACCAGCCAGGAUCCUGGGCGGGUGGACCAAGCCAAUGAACUGUCAAUUUACUCGGCCUCCCCUAAUAGCUUCCAGAAUGUGUCUGUGUCUGGGCAGGAGGAGGAGAGUGGCCAGCAGAAUCCAAAGAUGCUCUCCAAGAACCAGCUGCUGGCCUUGUCCACCAACAACUGCAACAACACAUAUGCCAAGCACGAGCCAAAAACCUUAGUGACUGCUACCGUGAAGAGCAGAGAGGAGCAGCCCCAGGAGAGACAGAAGCUGGAAAAAAGUCAAGGUCCACUGUCUUCCUCCGCCCCUGGUGUUUCCCCUAUUGCUGCCAAUGCCAUCACUUCUGCUGCCAUUAGUCUCUCGCCAACAAGGGAGGAGGAGACCAACUUGACAACCUCAGCUCAGCCAAUCCGUAGGGAAGCUUCAGCUGCCGAGGCUCCAAAGACAAAGCCAUCGAGUGCAGCCCAGCGCAAACCCUUGGAGAUCUACCCGGAGCCCAAGAAGAAGCUGUUUGCCAAGAAAGGUGUCUCCUCUUCUCCUUCUUCUGCAUCAGGACUAAAGAAGUUCUUCACCACUCUGAGUCAGAGCACCAAGCAGAGGCUGGGCAGGUUCCGCUGCUACAGCAUGGAGCAGAUUUGUGCCCCGGAGCCGGGAGCUGCAGCACCCACUGAGGAGCCAGGCCCAGGUGCCACCAGCACACCCAAAAUGAAGAAAGCACCUUCCCUGCAGUCCUUGCAGCUGGUGUCGCCAUUCUGCCAACCAAGAAAAGCCUCUUCUGUUCAAAAUCUACAUUCCUUACUGGGCAAGGCUGACCGGUCCAGUCUCUAUGCACUGGGGGAACCAAAGGAGGAGGAGGCUGCUCUAAACAGGAACGCAGGUGCCCCACAUCGGCGUUCCCUCAGCGUGGAGGACAUUGGCUCCCCUAACUUGGCGAGAACCGUCGGGCGGGUGGUGGAAGUUUUCCCAGACGGAACAAGCCAGCUGGAAUUGCAGCGCCGCCCAGAGGGCAACUUCGGAUUUCGUGUCUCGUCAGGAAAUGGCCGUCCUGACACAGGCAUCUACGUCCAGGAGAUGGCAGAUGCCAGCACAGCUAAACUGUAUGCUGGACUCCUUGGAGUUGGGGACGAAAUCCUGGAGGUGAACGGUGCCAAGGUUGCUGGGCUGGGCCUGGCCCAGAUCAAUGAACUUCUCUUGUGGGCAGACACUCUCUCGGUUAGAGUGCUGAGGCAGAGGCCCGUCCGGCGGUAGCAAAGAAGCAUAACGUUUUCCCUGCACAGUGCAAAGGAGUCUCCCGUGCCUACUGGACCUGCCUGAGACUUGGAGCAGAGCCCAGCUCAAACCUCCGUACUAAUGCCUUUCUGACUUGAAUGUGGGCUGUGACACCGCCAGCCCUCUGGAUGACGCUGCAAUGCAAGCCAGCGUGCGCGCUGAAUGUUUAAUUUAUGCAAAGAUAUGGGUCUCUCU